ACUGUUUCCUUUCUUUUUUCUUACCACCAGCGCUAAAGCUCAAAUUCACACCACAAUAUUUGAACUUAUUCAGGAAAUUUGUGCAAAUUUUGCACCACCAUCGUCCCCACUGAAAAAUGAAUCGAGUCGAAAAAAAAGUAAAUCUUUCCCAGUUCCUGAGGGGAACACCUAUGAAGAGUAUCGGGGCCGGCAUUUACAAAGCGGAUUCAAAAAACGAAACUAUUGGCACUACGCCCCCCGGGGCAUGGCCUUCCUCUAACGUGGGAUUUCUGCUCCAGCGCCUCUGACGAGACAGGAGAAACCGGGACCGACGUUUUACUUCACCAUCCGAUAGAAGCUCAGUGGAUAAGGCGGGAAUCGAACCCGCGUCUCAUAGCAUCAUCGGGAUCGGCAGCCGAAACAAAGCGGAUUCAGUGGCAGUCAAUUAAUCAACUCAAUGUUAACAUGUUAAGGUUAAUGUUAACAUUCCAUACACUGAAAAUACGCCACCCUUUUUUUCCAAGUGCCCAAACACUUGAAUGAUUCAAUUAAUCCGCAUCUUAGAUCUAAUUUGUUUGUGUUUAAAUUUCAAUCCAAUCCAUUAUUAAAUUCAAGUGUUUUGGCGAUUGACUUUUUGGUAUUUUUUGACACCUUAUUUUCAUUUGGGUGGCUCAAACUUUUCAAGUGUUUUGCUCAUGAAUUUUCCCCACUGUGCUGAACUAUUCAAAGUAAUGAGCAAAACACUUGAAAUUGAUCUUGUUUUGAUUUGAAAUCCAGUUUCGCGACAGCUUCGUCGGAAUUUGCUUCGUUUCCUCAUUUGAAAGUUUUGGAGGUCCGGUGUGUUCGUUUUUCGCAGACCGCUUGAGUUCGCUGCCGCCAUGUUCCAGAAAAUUGCCUGCCCGGUUUGUGACCGCGAAGAUGAGCAUCACCAUAAGGCUGUGUCCUCGGGCUCGGGCUCCGUAUGGCCAGCGGAAGGGCUCGGUCUCCCGGGCAGUAGCCAACUUUGAUGAUAAAGUUCCUUUCCGGACCCAUUUGGAAGGAUGCGAAAGAGCUGCAGAUGCCGUACCAGGUAUGCGGUGCCAGUGAUAAACAAGAUUUGGAUGCAUUCAACUCAGGGGCCAUGAUAUGCGUCAUUCGACUGGUCAAGGGACAGUUUGAUUCGAACCACCGCGGUUCUGCAUCAACAAGAAGAUUCCCCAUGGGGCCUCCAUCUCCGCCGGCACCGGUGCUUCACUCGCCGACGCUGAGAAACCUCCCAGGAAGCAGUGGUGGCGAACAAACCGAUCCCGACCAGGAAGAAAAAAAUAACAAAAUUUUUACACGCCAGGUUGAUAGAAAAUAAAAGACAUUUCAUUUCGCAACAUCUUCCUUACAUAAAAACAAA